AUGAAGCCUGCCCUCAUCCUCAUCCUGUUUCUUGCUGGCGCUGCGUCAGGAGCCAUCGAGAAGAGGCUCGUGGGGGGCAAAUCCUGUAAGACCGACAGGCAAUACCACGUCCAGAUAGAGUCUGUCCCGCAGAAGAGGUUAUGUGGCGGCUCUCUGCUCAACACCCGUUGGGUCAUCACUGCGUCCCACUGUGGAGAACAGAUUGUGACUCUGACAAUUGGUGUAAACAACAAUAUAUCAAAUCUAAAGAAAUUCUGGUCUCGAAUUAAGGGAUCGUCCAAAAAACUGACGCAGACUAUUAAGCCAGAGCAACAGUUUACUUACAAAGACGAGGAGGACCACAAACAUGACAUCAUGCUCAUCAAACUGAACGAAGAUGUGUCUGCGAAGCUUCCCGUCAUCAGUCUUCCUCCCUCUGAAUGUUCCAAACCAGAGGAAGGUCAGCAGGUUGAGGUUGGAGGCUGGGGAGCCAAGACAGCGGACGUCAUGAAGUCAAAGAAGCCCAAUAGUUUAAAGUGUGGCCAAACGGAUCUUGCUGCGUGUGGUGAGGCCGACAAACCUGCUGACAAGUAUUUCAGUGACCCUGACACCAUCAUGUGUGCCUUUAAGGCAGGUGUGGAGGCCUGCUAUGGCGAUGGAGGCACAGCUGUGGAGUACAAAAUACAUGUGUAA